AUGAUACUCUCGUGGACGGAUGCACAUCCCCGAGUCAAAGUACUAGGCACGAUUGUUGUAUGUCUCGCAGUCUCAUUUUACAUCCUCCAAGAGCUGCUCAAGCCAGUGGGCAAGCGUCGAGGACCCGGUGGGAAGCGAUACAACCUGCCUCCGGGUCCGAAAGGGGUCCCGAUUCUCGGCAGCCUGCCUUUCCUGAAGGAUCGCGCCAGGGAUGAAGACCAUAAAGCGGUGACCGAGAUGGCGCGGUACGGCGAGAUGACGACGCUGCACCUGGGCACCAAGACAUGGAUCCUCCUCAACAGCAAGCGCGUCGUGGCGGAAAUCAUCGCCAAGCGCGGCUCGCUGACCAACGGCCGGUCUCCGAUGCCCAUCUCUAGCGGCAUCGUGAGUCGACACGGACGGUCCCUGCUGCUGUCGCCGGAGGAGGGCUGGACGGAGAAGCGGCGGGUGAUGCACGCGCUGCUGAGCGGCUCGGCGCUGAAGCAGUACGGCGGCUGGCAGGAGCUCGAGAGCACGCAGAUGAUGGCCGAGUACCUUUACCAGCCGCGGCGCUGGUUCGCGCACCACUACCGCUACGCCAACUCGGUUGUCCACCGGAUCGCGCUGGGCGAGCGGCUACACAAAUCCAGCCACGAGCUGGCUGACCUGCAGGAGGUGGUGACCCGGUUCGUGGGCAGCAUCGGCACCAGCUGGAUCGACUGGUUCCCGGAGCUGGAUCGCUGGACUCCAAAGUGGGUGCUUCAGCCCUGGCGCCGCUCUUGGGAGAAGCUGGGCCAGUGGAACUACGAGGUCUACCGCUCGUGGUGGGUGCCUGUCCGCCGCCAGGUUGACGCAGGUACCGCCCCGCCCUCAUUUGUGCGCGAUGUGCUUUUGCAUGAGGAGACCAAGUUCACCGGCGACGAUCAAGAGGCCAUGUAUGUGGCCAUGCAGCUGAUCGAGGCUGGCAGCGACACCACCCGCGAGGUGCUAAAUACCUUCGCCAUGGCGGCGCUCUGCUGCCCGGACAAGUUCCAGAAGGCGCGCGAGGAGGUGGAUCGGAUGUGUGUUGACAAAGAGAACGGGACACUUCGUCUGCCCUGUCUGUCAGACAUGGAAAGCAUGCCCUAUAUCUGUGGAGUUAUUAAGGAACUGCUGCGGUGGCGGCCGAUCUUUGUCUUCACCCCGGAUCACUGUCUUACGGCGGACUUGGAGUUCGAUAUCCUCCUCCUUGAAGAGGUGAGCUUCAUGAUUACGCGUUUCAUUGACAGAUUCGGAUAG